AUGUCGACGGAGAAGGCUGGACUUCCUGGCUCGCACCCAGUGACAAUGCCCAAUCGCCAAGUUUCUACUUCCAGCGUAAUGUCGGACGAUGCUGCUAUUCCCUCAACCGAUCCCAAAGACACUACGGGGCUCUUAGCAGAGCGUCUGCAAGCUUGGAAACAUGCAGUGGGGUACCUCGAGGACUAUAUUGGCGCCAUUGAGAAGGCCAACAAGGCGCAUGGGAAGGAAUACGAGAAGGUCUUGAAGACGAUCCAAAACCCGUUGAGGGAAGGGCACCACUUUGAUCAGAGCUUGGGAGGAAUGGCCGGACUGUUUGAAAACAUGAGGCAGAACACCCAGGUCCGUUGUGAUCAUUCUUUCCUUUAUAAGCACACGCUAAUGGACCCCCAGGGUGUGAUCAAUACUCACUUAGAAACCGAAAAAAACCUCAAGGGCUCUGUCCUCCCUAUCCUCGAACGCCUACACAAGGAGAUCAAAAACAAGUCGAAGGAGCUAGCAUCUGGAGCUGGCAAGAGCGCUAAAGAAGUCGAGAAGGCCCGAAACACUACCCAGAAGCAUAUCGAAUUACUAGGACAGCAAACAGCAAACUUUGAGUCCAGCGGCGGCAAAAUGACUGCGGCGGAAGAUCCGUAUGUUGUGCAAAGAGGUGUCUUCCACAGACUGGCCACGCAGAUAAUCCACGAGAACAACAACCGCCAUGAUCUUAUAGCGGUGCAAAACAACUUUGCUCAAUUUGAACAACACGUUAUUGAAGUUAUCCAAGCGGCACUAGAAUCUUUCAAUCAGUUCGUCGGUGGACAAGCCCAGAAGGAGCAACAACUCUACGCCGAUAUUCUUGGCACAGCCCAAUGCAUUCCUUUCGAUUUCGAGUGGACGCAGUUUGUGCAAAGAAGUGGCAAUUUGCUCGUUGACCCCAAUGGUUCCGAACGUACGAUUGACGGUGUCGCUUUCGCAAACCACGACCACAAGAGCACCAAGCCCCUGAUCGAAGGUACUCUCGAGAGGAAGUCUCGAAAUAAGCUGAGUUUGAGUGGCUACUCGACAGGAUACUAUGUUGUCACGCCCUCGAAAUAUCUUCACGAAUUCAAGGACAACGAAUACCUUAAGAAGGAUCCCGUCCCUGAAAUGUCGAUCUACCUUCCAGAUGCCACUAUCGGUACCACCAGCGGCGAAAAGUUCAAUGUCAAGGGAAAGGACGUGAGCAAGGGCAUUGGAAGCAAACUUUCAGGGAGUUCUGAAAUUUCAUUCAAGGGACAUACAGCUUCUGACGCGCAGAAGUGGUCUGAAGUCAUCAGAUCUUCUGCUGCAGCUGCUGGGCCUUCUGCCGCAUAUAGUGGAAGCACCCCAACUUCUCCGGUUAGCCCCGAUGAGAAGAGAGUUAACUCAUUUCCACCUCAGUAUUCUGCAGGUAGCUCUCCUGAUACCAAAGCAGGGCCUGCUCCAAUCCAAACCACAGGAGUCAUUGGCGGCAGUACUGUUACUUCACCUGUGGCGGCAACGCCUACCAGUGCUGCAGAGAAGAUGUAA